AUUGUGUUUCUACUAUAUACUGGAGUUCCCGUUCUAAGUUCUGAAUUCCAGCUGAAGAGGCAGUUAGUAGUGAUAAUAAUCUGUUUGGUGCCUGGCUAUCUGGCUCACUCUCUCAGCAUCACUAUACCAACACAAUAUCAAGUGUUCUUCUUCAACUACAAACUGACCUAAAAUGACUAAUGUGGUGGAGUUAAAAGUGGGCAUGCACUGUGAAGAGUGUAUCAAGAAAAUCAGAAAGGCCAUCAAGAAGAUUGAAGAUCUUGAGACAUACGAUUUUGAUAUAAAGAACAACAAGUUGACCGUCUCCGGUAACGUUACACCUGAAAAAGUCAUUAAAGUUCUUCAGAAAAUGGGGAAGAGUGCUAGCAUUUGGGAUGAAGAAGAAGUCCUGAUGACUAACUGAAUGAAUGGACCGGACAAUCUAAGCUGUUUGAUUAUAAUAUUUUUAUAUGUUUUCAUAUCAUACUUGUGCUGCCUAGUAUAAGUUAUUCGUCUGCGGGAGGGUGACUACCGCUACUUCGUGUACCAUGAGAAACUUAGAAGUUUUGAAGGUUUCGCUUUGUAAUAUUUUCAUGGAUCAAUACUAAUUAAUUUAUUUGUUCGCCGAGUAA